AUGGGAGGGAGAGUGAUUGGUAAUAGGCAUGAGGUUUCUUCUGCGGGAGAUAAAAAUGUUUUAAAAUUAGAUUAUGGUGGAGUCCCAUGGUGCUGUGGGGCGGGUCCUCGCGCCUGCGCGGUGCGGGCGGCGGGCACAGCAGAGUGCGAGGCUCUUUUGUUCGCCUGCGGGAGGGCCGUUGGCCGGGGCCUGCGGUACACCGCUUCAGUGAGGGGCUCGACCGCGGCCCAACGCCUUCUUGCUUUUCUAGUCGCCACUCCCCCGGCCGGCCUGACAAGAUGCGCCAGUAGCGCGGCUCGUGGGCACUGCUCUGAGCAGCGCCACCCUUUAUACCAGAAAGCUGGCGGGCACUAUGGGGAAAAAACAAAAAAACAAAAAAACAAGAAGAAAGUGGAGGAGGUGCUAGAAGAGGAGGAAGAAGAAUAUGUGGUGGAAGAAGUUCUCGACCGUCGGGUGGUAAAGGGCAAAGUGGAGUACCUCCUAAAGUGGAAGGGGUUCUCAGAGGAGGACAACACAUGGGAGCCAGAAGAGAACCUGGAUUGCCCUGACCUCAUUGCCGAGUUCCUGCAGUCACAGAAAACAGCACACGAGACAGAUACAGAGGGAGGCAAGCGCAAAGCUGCUUCUGAUUCGGAAGACAAGGGGGAGGAGAGCAAACCAAAGAAGAAGAAAGAGUCAGAAAAGCCACGGGGCUUUGCCCGGGGUUUGGAACCGGAGCGGAUUAUUGGAGCUACAGACUCCAGUGGAGAACUCAUAUUCCUGAUGAAAUGGAAGAAUUCUGAUGAGGUUGACCUGGUCCCUGCCAAGGAAGCCAAUGUCACGUGCCCACAGGUUGUCAUAUCCUUCUAUGAGGAAAGGCUGACGUGGCAUUCCUACCCCUCAGAGGAGGAUGACAAAAAAGAUGACAAGCAUUAA